CGCAAUUCCACAAACACAUCCCUAACCUUUCUCUGAUGUUUGUGAGUCACCACUCUGCAGAUCCGAGACGGCAGCAAGUGAAGUUGUGGUCAACACCAUCACCAUGUCAGACAGCCUGUCCAUUAAUAAUUCCACUCCCAAUUACUCCUACGAAUAUGAUGAAUAUUAUGACGACGAAGUCUGCAACAAAACCAGCGUGAAAGACUUUGGUGCCACCUUCACCCCGGUGUUUUUUUCCAUCAUCGUGGUCCUCAGCCUGGUCGGUAACAUCCUGAUCCUGGUGAUUCUGGUCAAGUACGAGAACCUCAAGUCUCUCAACAACACCUUGAUCCUGAACCUGGCUAUGUCGGACCUCCUCUUCACCACCGGUCUGCCUUUCUGGGCCUACAAUCACAUGCAAGCAUGGACCUUAGGAGAACUUGCUUGCAAAGUAGUGAGCUUCACCUUCUACCUUGGCUUCUACAGCAGCAGUAUCCUCCUCAUCCUGAUGACAAUUCACCGUUAUGUAGCAGUGAUCUGUCCCCUGUUGCACAACGCAUCCACCACAGGUAUUUACAGCGUUAUAGCGUCCCUUCUCAUUUGGGGGCUAAGUGUUCUGUCUUCCAUCCCAGCUGUCAUGUUCGUCACAGUGGAUUCAGAAAUCUGUGGCUCCAUAACCCCUGAGUGGAGCUUGUGGGGACUCUACCAGCAGAAUGCAUUCUUCCUCUUGACUGCACUGGUCUUCAUUUUCUGCUAUUCCCAAAUCAUGUACAGGCUGUUGCAUCCCACUGUUCAGAGGAGGAGAACCAGAUCUGUCAAACUGAUCUUCAUGCUGAUGGUGGUUUUCUUUGUGGGCUGGUUACCCUACAACACUGUCAUCGCUGUGCAGUCACUAGGGUACCAGCCCUCAGUAGUUGUUCCAGGAAUUCUGAAAGCGGAGUGUGAAAAGAGCAAGAUGCUGGACUACAUCUUCUUUGUGACUAGACUUCUUGCCUACUCGCACUGUUACCUCAACCCCAUCUUUUACGUGUUUGUGGGGAUCAAUUUCAAAAAUCAUCUGAAGAAACUUCUGAAGACCUGGGGUGACAACAGCAACAGCAGCAUCCGCAGCCGACGGAGUCGUCUCACCAUCACUUCGAUAACCAGCGGUGACGAGUUCUCCCUUGCAGCUGAGCGACAGAACAUCUGAAUUGUCUCUUUCAGUCUUUUGUAUGUUUGAAUGCUUCACUGUAUUCAUCUGCUGUAUCUACUGUAUUUAAAUCAACUUUAACUUGUAAUAGCCUCAGGGAGACCCAGUAUGAAACUGUACACCGGCAUCUGCGCUGAACUCCUUUUAUACUGAAUAAGAUGGAUCACCAAAAUCUCCCCUACAUAAUAAAUGUAAAAAAAAAAAAAAAAAA